AUGCCUGCAAUCACUCGACCGGUCCUCCCACCUCUUCAAACCCCCAAGUCCGCCUCUUUCCCAUCCGAGAUCGUUGGUACGCCAGUCUCUGCGGUGAUUAAGCAAGAAAAUGCGAGCCUGAAGACACCCAUCACGCCGCCGGUGGCCUACACGGACUUUCUCAAAGCCUUGACCCCGUCACUGGCCAGCCCUCCCUCAAGCGCACUCCAAAGAUCAAUGUCGGACGAGUCGACAUGCACAAGAUAUUCUAUGAUCUCGAAUGCGUCUACGUCUUCGAGCCUGUCGUCGAGCCGAAGCGAGAGCCACAAGUCUCCUUCCAGCUCCGUCCCACCAACUCCAUACAGCCGCAAAACGCCUACGGCGCUGAGACGGCUUCGCAUACCACAUUCUCCGGCAUUUUCGCCCACCACAUGUGGACCGUCUCCGCGGACAGCCGUGAGCGGCAUGAGUACUGGUGGCAUUUAUUCACCCUUCUCUCCGGCUGACUGGAAUUGCGAGAGCGCGACGCGUCGGUUCUUCGAGGCUCCCCGAAGCGCAUGUACCAAGCCCGUCAGUGUCCGAUCUGUAGUCACGAGAACGGUGACAUACAAACGAUCACCACCCCUUGACCCUGCCCCAAAAGGCAAAAAACGCAAAAUUGAAGACGCGGAAAUGCCCCCUCCACCCAUCACCUCGAAAGAUACAACUGUCAUCAAAGCGUCCGAUUUCCCGUCGACGUUAGUCGAUUCACCCCCAACGAUCUCAACGUCACCCACGACGUUGACGUUGGCACAACCCGCAGCAAUGACCAAUCCUCCGACUGCUGUCGCUUGA